CUUUCAAACCGCGCACGCGCACACGCACACAAACGCACACAAACGCACAUUUCCCUUUAUCAUUUCAUCAAACACCUGAACUGCAUAGCAGAAAAUGUCAUCAAUCGGUGUCCGACACCUCACCGUUCUGGGAGAGUUCAAACCAUUCGGUCUAAUCGCUGAAGCUCUCGAUGGAAAACCUGCGGAUGAGAUCUCUGAUGAGUACGAGUAUUUUCUAUUUGAUCCGGAAGUUACUAGACAGCGAGAUGAAACCGAUCAAGAUGAUAAUGAAGCCGAGUCGUCGUCUUCAAGUGAUCGAAGCGAUCACGAGCUUUUCAUAAGAGGAAAUCGGAUAAUUUGGUCGAUAGGAGCAAGAGUUUACAAGCGAUUCAGCCUACCUGGACCAGUUAUCAUGGCAUGCUGGUGUCGUAUGGGAAACUUGUCUGAAGCUCAACUUUGUGUUCUACAAGUAGACAGUUUGACUAUCUAUAACACAUCAGGUGAUGCAGUUUCUAUUCCUCUUCCUUGUGCUGUCACGUCAAUAUGGCCUCUUCCAUCUGGUCUGCUUCUCCAACAGACAAAUGAGUUAAAUACAUCAACAUAUCCUCCUUAUUUGUCUUCAAGCCCAUUACUCCAUGACAUACCCCGCUCGAAACAAGAUCUGGGCUAUAGUCCUCAGCUAGCUUCCAAUUCAAGAAGUUCACGGGAUCAUUCAAUGAAAGUAGACGGGGCUUCACUGUCUUCGCAUCUGGUUAUAAAUGAUCCACUGGAAGAACCUCAUCCAAUCCAUAUUGAGGAAAGGGGAAGGUUGACCACCAUGAAGGAAUUCGAUGAAAAAACUAUAUGGACUAGCGACCACAUACCACUUAUGGCAUCUUAUCAUAAAGGAAAGAAGCAACAUUCACUAUGGACUGCGGAAGUUAUAAGUUCCAACCUUGAAGCGUGUGAUUCUGUACUUCCUGAUGUUGUAUUAUCUAAGAAGUUCUUGUUUCGAAGAAUAUGGCAAGGGAAAGGUGCACAAGCAGCUGCAAGUGAGGUUUUUCUGGCAACAGAUAAUGAUGCCAAUCCCAUUAUUUGUUUCCUUCUUCAAGAACAAAAGAAGUUGCUCUCUGUGAGGAUUCAGUGUGUUGAACUGAAUAAUGAGAUCCUUUAUGAUAUUAGACCCGACAUGAGCUGGAGUAUACCUGCCAUUGUAGCAGCACCUGUUGUUGUAACACGCCCAAGAGUUAAAGUCGGACAUCUGCCAUAUAGAGAUAUCAUUGUUUUGGCUCCUGAAAACACUCUAGUACUUUAUUCAGGGAAACAAUGCCUGUGUAGGUAUGUCCUCCCUUCUUUUCGAGGAGAUGGUGGUGCUUCACAUAAUGCCAAGCCACUGGAUGCAUCGACUGCUAUCCAAGAUGUUAAAAUUAUCGGAUUGGCACAUGCUGUUGAAGGGAGAAUUAAUGUUAUUGUAAAUAAUGGACAGAUGCUCAGAUGCACCUUUCGUAGAUACCCUUCAUCAUCAUUGUCAGAUGAUUGCAUUGCAGCUAUGGCUGAGGGACUUGAAGUUAAUCUAUAUAAUCACUUUAUGGGUCUUCUUUGGGGAAAUGGCAAUUCAGCCUAUCUGUCUGGGGUGGAUUCUCCUGUUGACUCUGAAUGGGAGUCUUUCUGUGCUGUUAUAUUACAGAUUUUUGGGAAACAUAAGAAAGUUUCUCAAACACGUUCAGUUUCAUCAUGGGAGUUUCUUGUCAACAGCUGCUAUCAUGAGAAGUAUUCUAAGUCUCAUUUUAUGAGUGGGUUUUCCCCUAAAAUGUCACUUCAAAGUGAUGAAUCAUGUUCUGCUUCUCAACAGCUGGAUACGCCUUACACAAGUGAAUCUUUGAUAGAGAUUCUUGAUUUACUACAUGCUGUGUAUGAAAGUCUUAAACUAAAUCAUCUCCGUAAAAGGGAUUUAGGACUUCUUGUUGUUCUGCUAUGUGAAGUUUCAAAGCUUUUAGGUGAAGCUGGUUAUGUGGACUAUUAUAUGCGUGACUUUCCUGCUUUUUCACGAAAGUACCGUAUUCAAGAAACUCCAAUAUCUCAACGAACCCCCCUCAGUUUGUUUAGGUGGCUUGAGAAUUGCUUGCGAUAUGGAUAUGCUUCUACCAGUACUGCUGAUCUACCUGAUCUCAUGCGUAAGGAUGGAAGUUCUGUUGCGAGCUGGGCCAGGAAGAUAGUUAUAUUUUAUAGUUUUUUAUGUGGUCGAGAAUUUGUUGGGAACAAACUGUCAUCUGAUAUAUAUUGUAAGUUUGCUACUGGAUCAGCUUCCAAUCCUGAGGAGCUGACAGUACUAGCAAUGGUUGGAGAGAGGUUUGGAUUGCAGCAACUUGACUUACUGCCCGCAGGUGUAUCUCUUCCCUUGCGACAUGCAUUGGACAAGUGCCGGGAAUGUCCACCUACUGAUUGGCCUGCUUCUGCAUAUGUUCUUCUUGGCCGUGAAGACCUCUCCUUGUCUUGUUUAACACACUCAAAUAAGUCCACUGAAGUCAAGUCCUCUAACAAUAUGACUUCUGUUUCCAUGUCAACACCUUAUAUGCUACAUCUACACCCAGUUACUAUUCCUCCUUCAAUAACCGAUUCAUCUGGAUUGGAUGAUUUUAUGCUCGAGGAUGCUUCUAUGGAUGGUUUUACUAUUGAUGGCAUGGAACAUAUAUUCAAUGCUAGCACACAGUUGCGAUAUGGUCGUGAUAUGCGACUAAAUGAGGUUAGACGUCUUCUAUGCUCUGCAAGACCUGUGGCCAUACGAACACCAGUAAAUCCUACUGCAACUGAUCAGGACCUUCAACAGGCUCAGUUAUGGCAGCUUGCACUAAGGACAACUGCUCUUCCUGUUGGUCGUGGUGCAUUUACCCUUUCAACCACUUGCACUUUGUUAACAGAGGCACUUCCUGUCCCAAAAUUGAUAUUAGCAGGCCGAUUGCCUGCCCAACAAAAUGCAACUGUUAACCUGGAUCCAAGUAUACGGAAUAUACAGGAACUCAUAUCUUGGCCCGAGUUUCACAAUGCUGUAGCUGCUGGAUUACGAAUGGCACCUCUCCAGGGUAAAAUGUCAAGAACUUGGAUCAUCUACAACAAACCUGAGGAACCAAAUGUCACUCAUGCAGGUCUUCUACUUGCACUGGGAUUGCAUGGUCACUUAGAUGUUCUGAUUAUAACUGAUAUAUAUCAGUACUUCUCACAGGAAAAUGAAAGCACGUCAGUAGGACUAAUGCUUGGACUUGCUGCAUCUUAUAGAGGAACGAUGCAACCGGACAUAUCAAAGGCACUAUAUGUGCACAUACCAGCUCGCCAUCCAUCUCCUUUUCAGGAUCUGGAAUUACCAACUGUUAUGCAGUCAGCCGCACUUGUCUCAGUUGGGCUUCUUUACGAAGGAUCUGCGCAUCCCCAAACAAUGCAAGUUCUCCUGGGCGAGAUAGGUCGUAGAAGUGGAGGUGAUAAUGUACUCGAGAGGGAAGGAUAUGCUGUAUCUGCUGGAUUUUCCUUGGGACUUGUUGCUUUGGGUCGUGGCCUAGAUGCUAUUGGUUACAUGGAUAAAUUAGUUGAUCGGUUGUUGCAAUAUGCUGGCAGCAAAGAUAUCCACCAGGAAAGAUCACUUCUUUCCAACAAAUUGACAGAUGACUACAAUCGUGGUUCUGGGCAGAUGAUGGAUGGAACUCAGAUAAAUAUUGAUGUAACUGCACCUGGAGCUAUAAUUGCUUUGGGUCUCAUCUUUUUAAAGACUGAAUCACUAGCGAUACUAUCCAGACUUUGUAUCCCACAAACACAUUCCGAAUUGCAAUAUGUGAGGCCGGACUUCAUUAUGUUCAAUAUUAUCUCCCGCAAUUUGAUAAUGUGGAGCAGGAUCCAUCCAUCGGAGGAUUGGAUUCAGAGUCAGAUACCUAAAGUAGUCUUAGAUGGCAUCAAAGGUCUCAAAGAUGAGAUGGAUGAUUCUGAUGAUAUGGAUAUUGAAGCCGUUGUUAAGGCAUAUGUGUAUAUUGUUGCUGGUGCAUGUAUUUCACUUGGGUUGAGAUUCGCUGGUACCAAAGAUGGAAGUGCCCAGGACUUGCUGUACAGCUAUGCUGUUGCCUUCCUUAAUGAGAUAAAGCCUCUGUCUGUUAAAAAAAUGCAUGGAUUUCCAAGAUUAUUGUCCCAAUAUGUGGAUAGGAGCACACUCGAGACAUGCCUACACCUCAUCGUUCUUUCUUUGUCUGUGGUUAUGGCUGGUACUGGGCACCUUCCUACUUUUAGAUUGUUAAAAUUUAUGCGCUGUAGAAAUUCUGCUGAUGGACAUAUCAACUAUGGUACUCAAAUGGCUGUGAGCUUAUCUAUUGGUUUCUUGUUCCUUGGAGGUGGAACAAGGACAUUCUCAACUUGCAACAGCUCUAUUGCUGCGUUGUUGAUAACCCUUUAUCCACGCUUCCCCACUGGACCAAAUGACAAUCGCUGCCACCUUCAGGCAUAUCGACAUUUGUAUGUUAUUGCCACGGAAGCCCGUUGGGUGCAAACAGUUGAUGUGGACACCGGCCUGCCUGUGUAUGCUCCUUUGGAAGUUACAAUUAAGGAGACCGAGCAUUACGCAGAAACCAGUUUUUGUGAGGUCACUCCUUGCAUUCUGCCCGAGCGUGCCAUUUUAAAAACAGUUCGAGUUUGCGGUCCUCGCUACUGGCCUCAAGUAAUUGAGCUUAAUCCCGAAGAAAAACCUUGGUGGAAGAACGGGGACAAGAAUGAUCCAUUUAAUUCUGGUAUACUCUAUAUCAAACUUAAAGUUGGAGCUUGUUCAUAUGUCGAUGACCCCAUUGGCCGCCAGUCCCUUCUAUCGAGGGCAAUGCACAAGGUGUUUGGUUUGGCAAGCUUGAGAGCAUGUACUCCUGGCAGUAAUGAUGAUGAUGUGGCAGUAACUGUUAAUCAGUUGGUCAGUACCUUCUCAUCAGAUCCAAGCUUGAUUGCUUUUGGUGAUCUGUGCUGUGAUCAUUCGUGGAACAUCAAAUCUGAUACUGAUUUCCAAGAGUUCUGCUUGCAAGUGCUAUUUGAGUGCGUGAGUAAGGAUAGGCCAGCACUUUUACAGGUGUACCUGUCAUUGUACACAACCGUUUCAUCUAUGGUAGAACAAGUUAUUAGUGGCACACCUAUUGUAUAUGAUUCUCAGUUUCUCCCCAGUUUAAAGCUUGCAUUAGCCUACAAUGAUGCUCUUCUGGAAGGAAGACUCUCGAGUUCAAGAGGUAGCAUUGUUCAAUUGACAUUUUUAGGUUCACUCAACCAACGGGUAAAAGAGCUUCUUGAAUAUUCACCAUUGUUGAGAACCAAGGUACAUAAUUACUUCAGAAUAGGGGAAUGGUCAGGAGGUGGUAAAAGUUUACAGGAUGAUAACCUCUCAACACUUCUCUCAUGGUAUCUCCAGUGGUAUAGCGUACCACCACCCUGGGUAGUUAAAGCUGGCAUAGAGAAAUUGAAGUCCAUAAAAGCACCCUCUUUGACACCCCUGCUACGUUUAUUGUUUCCUGGUAGUCACAUUAAUGCAAUUAAGGAAAUUGAUUUUGCGUUCUCUUCUCGCAAGUCCUAUAGAUGAACCUUUUUAUCUGGUAAAACAUUAGAUCAGUAGGGUUGGUGGUUCAAUGUACUUUAGUUGGUUUUGAAUUAAGUUGGUGAUGAUAGUCCACUAAUUUAAACAGGCAUCACAGGUGUUCGGGUUUAUGUGUCAAAUGUAACAUCCAUUGCGAACGUUUCAGUUAGUUCUUUUGUAAUUCUGGUUUUUAGUAGCUUCAAGGUUUAAUGAAGUUGUAUAUUUGAUGA